AUGGGAAUGGCAAAUGUACCGGUCGUUUCAGUCAGCCGUAUCAUUGACCCGUCCACAUGCCGUGAUUUAUUUGAUGGUAGUACUAUAAGUAGUCAACAGGAUCUUAUAAAUUAUGCAAAUCAUUUCAAUGAACUUUUUUAUGUACCCAAAAACGUUGAAAGACAUUGUAUUGUGGGCAAUCAUGAUAUUAUAUCCCAUCAUAAAAUCAAUCCAGUACGUUUGCAAUUUUUCUCGCAACAUUUUUCACGCUCACUUGUUGAUCACAUCGUUAUUGGUGGAAAUCAUUUCGUAUUGUUGAAUUCCAUGACAAUUGAUUGUGGUGAUUGUUUGCUUCGGAACGUUACCAAAGAUCAAGUUGAGCAGCUGAGUCAAGUAUUUAAUUGUAAUAGAAAUCUAAAAGCACCAUGUAAUAUUCAUUCAAGACCGAUCUUAUUGCUUCAUGUCCCAUUGUACAGAGAUAGUGAUUCGAAAUGUGCCAAUGACUAUGAUGUAGCGCCAGAACCAAGAAAAUCAGAGCGUUUUCGUGCUGGAUUUCAUUGCCUUUCCAAUGUGUCGUCUCAUUACAUUCUGAAAAAACUGAAACCUCGUGCUAUCUUUGAUGGUCAUUUGCAUUACAGUUGUCGAACAUGGUGGCCAUCACCGUAUAAUGUAUAUGAAUGGACAUUAUCGUCAUUUUCAUGGCGAAAUAUUCCACAACCUGCAUUUCUUCUUGUCACUGUAACCCCUGACGAUAUUCAGGGGAAAUCAUUAACCAAUUUAACCGGUGAACCAGAAUGGGGCAUAGCAUGUGAUCACAUUGUCGGUUUCAGAAGAAUGAGAAAGUGA